AAGUAAAGCGCCCGCCACUUAAAAUGCUUUGUUUAUUUAUGAGAUAGUGAGGGCAAUGUAAAUACUACUACUACACUAUCGUCUAUAAUGUAACGUGUUUAAACGGGGUGGGCUCUCUAUACAUAAUACCGGGAACAAUUAUGAAACAACUGUAGAGAAGUAAAUAAACUAUUGCUUACUGUACUAUGUGGCUUUUCAAUAGAAAUGGGGCAUCUGGGUUUUCGUCUUCUUCCACAGCUGAAGAAGUAACCCAUGGAAUCGACGGUUCCGGUCUCACUGCCAUUGUUACAGGAGCAUCAAGUGGUAUUGGUGCUGAAACUAGCCGUGUUCUUGCUUUGCGUGGAGUCCAUGUUAUCAUGGCUGUUAGGAAUAUAGCUGCUGCGGAAGAUGUUAAAGAAACAAUAGUAAAGGAAAUCCCAGCUGCUAAAGUUGAUAUAAUGGAGUUAGAUCUUAGCUCAUUGGCAUCAGUAAGGAAAUUUGCAGCUGACUUUAUAUCAUCAGGUCAUUCAUUGAACAUGCUGAUUAAUAAUGCAGGAGUAUCAGGAAUUCCCUUUAUCCUUUCCAAAGACAACAUAGAGCUGCAAUUUGCCACAAAUCAUCUAGGUCAUUUUCUUUUGACAAAUUUGUUGUUAGACAAGAUGAAGGAGACAACACGUAAAACAAAGAGAGAGGGAAGGAUUGUCAAUGUUUCUUCAGGGGCUUAUCGUGUAUUCACAUAUCGCGAGGGAAUUCGCUUUGACAAAAUUAAUGAUCCAGAAAGCUACGGCAGGUUUACUGCAUAUGGACAAUCAAAGUUGGCCAACAUACUGCACACUUGUGAGCUCACAAGACGCCUUAAGGAAGGAGGAGUGGAAAUAACAGCAAAUUCCAUUCAUCCUGGAGCUGUCGCAACCAAUGUGUUUCGUAAUCUGGGUGUUUUUGAUGGUCUUGUAAGCACGUUUGGGAAGUUCUUUUUUAAAACCGUCCAACAGGGAGCAUCAACCACCUGCUAUGUUGCAUUGCAUCCACAAUUGAAGGGGAUAAGUGGUGAAUUUUUUAUGGGCAACAAUUUGGCGACAAGAACGGCGAUAGCUAGAGAUAUGGAUUUAGCUAAGAGGCUCUGGGAUUUUAGUAUGGAUUUAGUCAAGUAACAUAUAACAUGUUAUACCCGAAAGACAACUUUUUAUUUGAUCGCUUGUAAUGCUUAUUUUUGCAUUAAGAGUUAAAGGUGGAUUUCUGCUCUGGUGGUAUUCCUACUAUAUAGAUAUGCAGGAUCCCACAACCUGAAGAUAUUUUCCAUGUGUUUUUCAAUGGUAUUCUAGCCAAAGCAGUCUGUAAUUAUUUCGGUAAUUUAAUUAUUUGGGUCCCUUUAACAUUGAUUGUGACGAUCAUUCAUUAUUUGGGAACUGAAAGAUGCUGGAGCAGAUAUGAGCUAAGAAUGCAUAUCUUCCUAGACUGCUAUUACAGUAUCUCUCAAGUACUUGUGCUGAUUGUUAGAGUUCAAUUUUCCCAA